AAGAGAGUGGAGCUCUGCAUGCGAGCACCUCUCUCCUUCUGUUAAUUGAGCAGCGGAUCAAGCGGAGGACGUGUUCCGGGGGCAAGGAGCCCCAUUAUGACAAAUUACAGUCUGCAGAAGAGACAGAAAGAAUUAGCUGGCCGCCUGCAGAGGACACUUCUACAGCUUGUAUAAAAGGAUGGGAAAGACUGGGAUACUGGUGGCAGGUUUCUUCUUGAUGGUCCUCUCUGUGGCAAUCUGCUCUGGCCAACACUGGUCCUUUGGCCUACAACCUGGAGGGAAGAGGGAUGCGGAACAUCUGAUUGAAUCCUUCCAAGAGAUUGCAAACGAGGUGGACAAAUUGGGGGAGUUGCAGCGCUUCGAAUGCACAGUGCCACAUCAGCGCCUCACCUUCCAAGGACUGAAAGGAGCCCUGGCAAGUCUCAUUGAAGGAGAGACUGGGAGGAAGAAGAUUUAAUACAUCAAGGAAGAAACAGAGCCAUUGCCAUUCCCAUAAGAUUCAACAUGUGUGCUCAGCUGUGUUGUAGAAUGUACAGAUCUUAACGGAGAUGUAAAUGAUACUGGUGGGGCGGGGUGGAAUCUACCUUUCUUAAUGGAACCUCUGCAUAUAAAUUGCCGAAUCACCAAUAAAGUCUUAAACUGCUUACUUGA